AUCGUCCUCGGGGCGGUGCCGCCGCUUCUCCGCGGUGCGUUUUCCCGGCCCGGCGCAGCGGGCCGCCGCGUUCCCCGCCCCGCCGCCGCCGCCGGGCCUCGCCGCCCCCCGAGGCGCAGCCGCCCGGGCCCCGAGCCCAGCCGGGGAAGCGCCGCCAGCCGCCGCCUUCCGCGCGGCCCCGCUCGGCCGAGAAGGGCGGGAAGAUGGCGGCGGGCGGCGGAGGCGGCGGCCGGGCCUCCUCCUCCUCUUCGGCCGCCGCCUCCUCCUCGGCCGGCGCGCUCGAGGCCUCGCUCGACAGGAAGCUGCAGGCGGUGACCAACACGAUGGAGUCCAUCCAGGGCCUGUCCUCCUGGUGCCUGGAGAACAAGCGGCACCACAGCACCAUCGUCUACCACUGGAUGAAGUGGCUGCGCCGCUCUGCCUUUCCUCACCGCCUCAACCUUUUUUACUUGGCCAACGACGUGAUACAGAACUGCAAGAGGAAGAACGCCAUCGUGUUCCGCGACACCUUUGCAGAAGUGCUGCCUGAAGCCGCCUCCCUGGUGAAGGAUCCAUCUGUUUCCAAAUCUAUCGAAAGAAUCUUCAAAAUCUGGGAGGACAGGAAUGUUUACCCUGAGGAAACCAUUCUGGCACUCAAAGAAGCUCUGAGUACCACUUUCAAAACUCAGAAGCAGCUGAAAGAAACUCUGAACAAACAACCGAAUAAGCCGUGGAAGAAAUCUCAAACAUCCACGAACCCAAAAGCUGCUUUGAAGUCCAAGAUUGUUGCUGAAUUCAGACCACAGUCUCUCAUUGAUGAGCUGCUGUUGUACAAGCGCUCGGAAGACCAGAUAGAACUGAAGGAGAAGCAGCUUUCCACGAUGAGAGUGGAUGUGUGCAGCACAGAAACACUGAAGUGCUUGAAAGACAAAACAGGAGGAAAGAAGUUCUCCAAGGAGUUUGAAGAAGCAAGUUCAAAGCUGGAGGAGUUUGUCAAUGGCUUGGACAAGCAAGUGAAAAAUGGCCCCUCUCUGACUGAAGCCCUGGAGAACGCCGGGAUCUUCUAUGAGGCGCAGUAUAAGGAAGUCAAGGUGGUGGCAAAUGCCUAUAAAACCUUUGCUAACCGAGUGAGCAACCUCAAGAAGAAGCUGGACCAGUUGAAGGCAACACUUCCUGACCCAGAGGAGUCUCCUGUGCCCUCUCCAAGCAUGGAUGCCCCAUCCCCCACGGGCUCAGAGUCCCCUUUCCAGGGCAUGGGCGAGGAGGAGAGCGCCCGAUCUCCGGCCGGCGGGAACCGCAAGACGGUGUCUCCGGAAACGGUGACGGACAAUCGGGACGUGGAAGACAUGGAGCUGUCUGAUGUGGAGGAUGACAGCUCUAAGAUUAUUGUGGAAGAGAGGAAGGAGAAACAGGCUGCUCCAGCUUCAGCCCCUGCCAAGGCCGAGAGCGUGCCCAAAGCAGCUCCAGCGGCUGCAGCCACCACGGCCGCGGUGACGCCGGCGCCCGCCCCGACCCCUGCGACCCCCCCGGCCCCCAAGGCCGUGAGCGCUGCGCCCGUCGCUCCAGCACCAGCCCUGGCCUUGCCCAACCUGGCCAACGUGGACCUGGCAAAGAUCAGCUCCAUCCUCAGCAGUUUGACCUCUGUGAUGAAAAACACAGGUGUCAGUCCUGCCUCGAGACCUUCUCCAGGAACCCCGACCAGCCCCACGGCUCUGACCAGCGGCCUCAAGACUCCUGUGGUGGGGACUCCAGCUGCUCCCUCCAAUCCGUUAGCAAAUAUUCUCUCCAAAGUUGAAAUAACUCCUGAAAGCAUUUUGUCUGCUCUCUCCAAAACCCAGACUCAGACUGCACCAGCACUGCAAGGUUUGUCGUCCCUGCUGCAGAGUGUGGCUGGGAGCACGGCCCAGCCCAGCGAGGCUGCGUCGCAGAGCACUUCGGCGUCGCCGGCCACCACGAGCGGCGGCAAGGGCAGGAGCGUCCCCUCCAGCAGCCAGCCCUUCGCAGCCAAAGGCUUCGGUUAUUCCCCAAACUCAUCCACCGCUGAGGUCUCCUCAACCUCCGUCACCAAGGCGCCCGCUGGACACACCCCAGGGCUCUCGAGCUCCGGCUUUAAGCCGCCAACCAACUCCCUGGGCUUCUCCGGUUCCCACCCUCCCAGUCCUUCGUCCCUUUUGCCAACAGACACCUCACUGGCUCAGCCCUCCGACCCUCCCAAAGCCAAGCUGGAAUCCGAACCCCCUUCCCCCAGCCUGGAGAUGAAGAUACACAAUUUCUUGAAGGGCAACCCCGGUUUCAGCGGCCUCAACUUGAACAUCCCCAUCCUGAGCAGCCUGGGGUCCAGCGUGGCCACCGAGAGCCACGCUCCCGACUUCCAGCGGGCUCCCGCCGGCACUUCGCUGGACAACGUGGACGGGACGCCGGUGCGAGACGAGCGGAGCGGGACCCCCACCCAGGACGAGAUGAUGGACAAACCCACCUCCAGCAACGUCGACACCAUCUCCCUGCUCUCCAAAAUCAUGAGCCCCGGUUCCUCUACCCCCAGCAGCACCAGGUCACCUCUGCAGGGCCGGGAUGACAGCUAUUCCCAGGAGCUCCCCAACUCGGUGCAUGGCUACCGGCCCUUCGGCCUGGGCAGAGACUCGCCGGCCGCGCUGUACAAGCAGCCUGGGGACAGCAGGGACCUGCUCGACUCCUCCCAGGAGAAGUUCUACCCCGACACGUCUUUCCAAGAAGACGAAGAUUACCGUGACUUCGACUACUCCGGGCCGCCGCCCUCGGCCAUGCUCAACCUGGAGAAGAAACCAACCAAAUCCAUCUUGAAAUCCAGCAAACUGGCGGAAGCUGCCGAAUACCAACCGGUCCUGCCCAGCUACGGGCAGCGCUCGCAGGACUUCGGCGUCAAACCCUCCUUCCCUCAGCCCAUGAGAUCCAUCCUGGACCAGGGCGAGAGCUGCGACCCCGUGGCGGCGUCCCCGGGGCUGUACGGCGGCUACGGGCUGCGGGGGAAGGACUCCGCCUCGGAUGGUUCCCCUUCCCCCAGCAGCAAGAACGACGUGUUCUUCUCUCCGGACUCCAACCACAGCAGCAACUUGCCCAAAGCGGUGGCUCACUCGGGGCUGUCACAGAAGCAAUACCCGGACUCGCCCCACUCCCUCCCCCACCGCUCGCUCUUCUCGGCGCCCGGCGGCCUGUCCAGCCCGGCCGGCAGAGCCUCGGCGCCCGGCGCCGACAAAGCCUUGGCCGCUUCCAUCUCUGCCACGUCCACCAUCGAGUUCAAGAACAUGCUCAAGAACGCCUCCCGCAAGCCGGCCGAGGAGAAGCACUUCGGGCAAGUAACCAAAAGCGGCGGCGGCGGCUCGUCGGGCGAGGGGGGCGCGAGCUUGGCCGGAGCCAAGGCCGAGCCGCAGCCUCCCGAGGAGCACUACCGCAUCGAGACCAGGGUGUCCUCGUCCUGCCUGGACGUGCCCGACAGCACCGAGGAGAAAGGGGCUCCCAUCGAAACGCUGGGUUACCACAACGCCGCCAGCCGGGGCAUGUCGGGGGAGCCCAUCCAGACGGUGGAGUCCAUCCGCGUGCUGGGCAAGGGCAGCCGAGGGCACGGGCGCGAGGCCGGCCGCGCCUCGGGCUGGUUCGACAUGAGCGGCGGCGGCGGCGCCUUCGACAACGGCCCGUCGGGCUCGUCCGAGCUGCCCGGCAUGGGCGGCUUCCCGGCGCCCUACAAGGAGCACGUGCCGCCGCCCUUCCCCGACGGCGUCAACAGCUUCCGCACCAACAGCUUCGGCCCGGCCUUUGAGCACCGCCUGCCGCCGCCGCUCGAGCACGGCCCCCCCUUCCCGCGGGACCCCCCGGGGCCGCCCGCCGCCGGGCCCCCGCCGGCCCCCGCCAAGGACCACGGCGGCCUCUUCCCGAGGGACCACCCGGUCCCUCCCCGCAUGCCGUCGCUGGAUCACGCCAACCCCUUCUCCAAGGAGACCUCCGCCCCGCUCCCGCUGCCCCACGGCGUCCCCCCGCCCCCCUCCGUGGAGCACGCCGGCGUCCCGUUCCCCACGCCCCCGCCGCCCCCCGGCCCCGCCGACCACGCCGGCGUCGCCUUCCCCGCGCAGCCGCCGCCGGCCGGGGACCACGGCGCCGUGUCGUUCCCCGCGGCGCCCCCGGCGGCGCCGCCCGCCCUGGCGGUGGAGCACGGCGCGCUGCACCAAGGGACGAUGAAGGAGCAUUUCUCGGUGCACGCCGCCGCCCGGGACCCCGGCGCGCAGCCGCCCCCGCGCGACCACGGCGCGGCCGCCCCCCGCGCCCGCGAGGCCGUGCCGCUCACGCCCCCUCCCCUGGCCCGGGAGCAGCAGCAACUGGGAGCCGCCCGCGGCCUCGGGCCGCCCCCCGCGGCCCCCCGGGACGGGGGCGGCCGGGGCGGGGUGCUGCUGAGGACCCCCCGCCCUGACUUCAGGCCGCGAGAGCCCUUUGUGGGCAGAGACCCCUUCCAUAGCCUCAAGCGGCCCCGGCCGCCCUUUGCCCGGGGGGGGGCCCCGUUCUUCGCCCCCAAACGCCCCUUUUUCCCCCCCAGGUACUGACUCAGCCCGGGCCCCGCAGCAGCUUUCACUUGGUUUUUCCAUCAUUUCCCUUUCUUUUGUGUUUUAUUUCCCCUCUUUUCUUUCUUUCCCCCCCUCCAGCCCCCCAGAACCUUUCCCCUAAAUUAAAUGUUCUCUAUUUUUCUUUCUCUUUUCACCCCCUUUCCCUCCCCCAGCCCCCCCCCCACCCCCUUCCCACCCCCCCGGUUGUUUAUGUCCCAGUUGAUGCAAGACUUUAGACUUAAACAAAAGAGAAAAAGAAACAACCCCGCCACAAAAUGAUGUUUUAACGACGAGAAGAGUUGCUGUUGAAAUAAAAAGUUCCAGUAGUAGUCGAAACAA